AUGGCUGUAGAAACCAAAUUCCAACACUCGUUUGGAGGAACUGGAUGCCUCAAGCAUACCUCCGAAUUUGUUAGUGACCAUGAGCGGCAUGUUGACAUUGAACUAGUUGAGAGCAUCUCACAAGGUGCGGAGAAUACACUUCCUACUCCUACUCCUAGGAUGUCCAGCGUAGCUGCCUACACUGUCAUGCGCCUUCCAGUAAUGCAGCCUCAUGCUCCUCUCUUAGGGACAUCCGACACAGCUGCCGACAUUGCCCCACAGCUUCUAGCAGUGCUGCCUCCUACUCCUUCUUGCUUGGGCACACGUGACACAGUCGCCAACACUUCUCCACAGUUUCCAGCAGUGCUACCUCCUACUUCUUCUUGCUUGGGCACACGUGACACAACCGCCGACACUUCUCCACAGUUUCCAGCAGUGCUAUCUCCUCCUUCUUGCUUGGGCACACGUGACACAUUUCCAGCAGUGCUACCUCCUCCUUCUUGCUUGGGCAUACCCGACACAGCUACCGACACUUUUCCACAGUUUCCAGCAGUGCAACCUCCUACUCCUUGCUUGCCUCCUACUCCUUGCUUGGGCGCACCCGACACAACUGCCGGCACCUCUCCACAGUUUCCAGCAGUGCUACCUCAUACUCCUUGCUUGGGCACACCCGACACAGCCGCCGACACUUCUCCACAGUUUCCAGCAGGGCUACCUCCUACUCCUUCUAGCUUGGGCACACCCAACAUAGCUUUCGGCACCUCUUCACAGCUUUCGGCAGUGCUACCUCGUGGUGAGAUUAUUGAUUACAGCCACAAGAACAGUGAUGCUCUCACCUCUAUAGGGCAUUUAUCCGAGAGAAACAUGUUUUGUCGAGAUUGGGAGAAUUCUUUCAUCGUUAUGACUUUGUAA